GUAACGUGAUUGUCCAUAUCACAUGCAGGUACAAGUAGUCUACAAGUCUAGAGGAGGACAUCUUCGGCGGUGCGCUUUCUGUUCACCACAUUGCUAUGGCGUCCAACGGAAUCGUUGCUGCUCUUAUCGCUCUCGCUUCGUGCGCAACGACGGCAGCGCAGAACGCAAGCAUCCUUGCUCCCGACCCUCUGCAAACUCCAUACCCUUACUACUUUCCUCCAAUAAAUAAUGCCGACACUUCAGAUCUAUUUCCAAUGCCGUCAUGUCAUGGUAUCACGUUGGAGGAGGCAACUAUUGACCAGCUGCAAGGCUAUUUGAGCGACGCAACCUUGACAUCAGCCCAGCUCCUGCGAUGCUAUGCAAAGAGGAUGUGGCAGGUCGACGAAUACAUCAACUCUGUGAUCGAGUUCAAUCCUGAUGCGGAUGAUAUCGCAGAGGCGCUCGAUGCUGAGCGGAGAGCAGGGCACGUGCGUGGGCCGUUGCACGGUAUCCCGUUUCUCGUCAAAGACAACAUCGCAACGAAAGAUCGAAUGGAGACGACUGCAGGCAGCUGGGCUUUGCUUGGGAGCGUUGUCCCCAGGGAUGCCCAUGUGGUCGCUAAGCUGCGACAAGCAGGAGCGUUGCUCAUGGGUAAGGCGACGCUGAGCGAGUGGGCGGACAUGCGAUCAAAUAACUACUCGGAAGGGUAUUCUGCUAGAGGCGGCCAAGCAAGGAGCCCGUAUAAUCUGACGCUGCAGCCCGGCGGGAGUAGCUCGGGCAGUGCGACGGCCGUGGCUGCUAACAUCGUUUCGUUCUCACUCGGGACGGAAACAGAUGGCAGUGUUAUUAGUCCUGCGGAACGGAAUGGCUUGGUGGGGUUCAAGCCGACGGUUGGCCUGACUUCAAGAGCAGGCGUGAUUCCUGAGAGCGAACAUCAGGAUACAGUCGGUACUUUUGGCAAAACAGUUCGUGAUGCUGCAUACGCUUUCGAUGCGAUAUACGGCGUUGACGAACGCGACAACUAUACGCUCGCGCAGCAAGGGAAGACGCCCACUGCCAAUGAGGGCUACAUCCAAUAUCUGGCUGACAAAGGUGCCCUGAAGAACGCCACCUUCGGGCUACCCUGGGCCAGCUUUUGGACGUACGCUGGCCCAGAGCAGCAGUCUGGCCUUCUCCAUCUCGUCUCGCUCAUUGAAUCGGCCGGUGCCACCAUCAUCAACAACACCGAGCUCCCCAACUACGCGACCACCGUCUCACCGGACGGCUGGAAUUGGGACUAUGGCACUACGCGCGGCUAUCCUAAUGAGUCUGAAUAUACAGUCGUCAAGGUCGAUUUCUACAACAACAUCAAGACCUAUCUCGCAGGGCUGGAUAACACCAACAUCCACAGCCUAGAAGAUAUCGUAGCGUACAACUACGCUAACGACGGCACAGAAGGCGGAAAUCCGUGGCCCCUCGGUAUCCCAGCCUUCUACUCCGGCCAGGACGGCUUCCUGGCCAGCCUAGAAUCCAAGGGUAUCCGCGACGAAACGUACUACCAGGCGCUAUCUUUCACGCAGCGCAGUACGCGCGAAGACGGCAUUGAUGCGGCGCUCGCAAACGGCGGGCGUCCGUUGGAUGCGCUGCUCGUACCGCCGGUUGUCGCACAGUCGUAUCAGAUUGCUGCACAGGCGGGGUACCCAGUGAUUACGAUUCCAGCGGGUGUGAGCGCUACGACUGGGAUGCCUUUUGGGCUUGCGUUGAUGGGAACGGCAUGGAGCGAGAGGAGUCUGUUGAGGUGGGCGAGUGCGAUUGAGGACUUGCAGUUGAGCAGUGGGACGGAGUGGAAGAGGCAGCGGCCGAGGUGGUAUGAGUAUUUGGCGAAGAAUGUGCCGGUAUUGUUCGAAUAGGAAUGUGGUCACUGUGCACAUACAUGGAUAGGAUACUUUUGAUAGCUACUUAUGGGGGCAAAUGAUUGCUAUGGAUUUGAACAUCGGCAGGGCUUA